AUCAUGGGAUUGUUGUGCAAUUCGAAAAUGAAGAGAGCUAUCCGUCGACAGUAUAUAAUUUACACUGUCAUGGAGUUGCUCUCUUUAUGAACGAAUUCAAAAACAGCGAGGGAGUAACGGAAUUAUUUCGAAGCUGACAGUACCUAUUUCAUCCGGUUUGUCUGCCAGGUUUACAUUUGACAAGCUCUCAUAACCUUAUACUUUUAAUGUGUUGUUAUUGUUGCUGCUAAAAUGUCCCGAAACAGCAUAAAAAUUUUGCCGGGUGCUUUAGUUUGCGAGGAAUCAAAAUUACGAGGUGACAUUACCAUAGGUGCUGGUACAAUUAUCCAUCCAAGUGCCACAAUUUUAGCCGAGGCUGGCCCUAUUAUUAUUGGUGAUUGUUGUUUAAUAGAAGAACAAGCGAAAAUUAUUCAUCGGUUACCAUUUGAUGAACAGGAUACCGAGAAAACUCCCGUGUUAAUAAUAGGCGCUCACAACGUAUUUGAAGUUGAUUGUCACGUCGAGUCACCAAAAAUAGGAAAUUGCAACGUGUUUGAAUCAAAGUGCUUUGUGGGCAAUAAAGUUACUGUUACAAAUGGUUGCACAGUUGGCGCUGGUUGUAAAGUAACAGAAGAACAAAUUUUGAAAGAAAAUGUUAUCAUUUUUGGGGAGAAAUGUCAAAUGAGGGAAGGCCUGGAUAGACCUGGAUUGCAGACGCUGCAAAUGGAAACACUCUCAAAAGUGUUACCAAAUUAUCAUCACAUUCGAAAACCAAAUAAAAAGAAUUAAGUCACUUAAUUUAUUCUAUUAGGUAUUACUUUAUUAUUCGUUUUGUUAAAAUUAAUUAUGUAAUAAAUUUCUCAUCAAAAUGGUCUAUGCUUAUGAACUUUGAUUAAAAUAUUAUAUAAAAUAAAAUCUUUCAAACGUA